AUCAAAUAAAAAUAAUAAGAAAAAUGUUCUCUUCCAUAGUAAGAGUUUUACCAGUAUUGGGUAUAUUAAUCAAUUUAAUCGAGGCUCAGUAUCAGUUCGUCGGGAAUGCUUCUACCACAGAAGCAUCGAGUAAAAUGGAGGCUACUCUUCGACCGGAUGUUGCGCGUCCACCAGAGCCGAUCUUGCAUCACCCUCCUGUACCGCCUAAUCAUUUUCUCCCUGUACCUCAAAGAACGUUCGUUCAUCACAGAAGCGACAGCGUCCCUUACGUGUACGAUCAUCCAUAUUUUGGCUAUCCUGUGGCGCAUUCGAUCGAUUAUCCAAUUGGACCAUCUUCAAAGCAGCUGGUCAUCGUUAGCUUCAUCGGUUUGCUUUUGCUGUUCGCUGUGAUUCAGAAUACAAUCGCGACUGUGAAGAGGAGAGACAUGUUGACGGAUGUGUUGUCGGCCAGGAGGAAGAGGGAGCUCUACGCAGCUUAUGGUUAUAAUUCUGUGACACCGGAACAGGAAGACGUUCUGAACGAAGACGCCAGGAUACGUUGCAUACAGAGAACAGUUUGCCUGGAAAAUCGAAAGCUCUUAAAAGCAUUUGGCGCAGCUGGUAAAGUACUGGCCAAGUACUUAACACGAAGCGUAGGGAAGUCUUUGAAAUCAACCUCCGGUUGGGAUCGGCUGGUGGAAGAUGCGGGUGAAGCUGGGAUACGUGGCGAGGAUUGCGAGGUGCUUUAUAGAGCUUGCGAUCAAUCGCCUCCUUUGAAGGAUCGUCGAAAGACAGGAUCGUCUCACGAUACGCAAAGAGAAUGACUAAAAUUGAAAAGAAAAAACAUUGUUAGAAUAAAAAAUAAAACGUGGGACAGUAUGAAGAAAUAAUACCUUGAGGUUUGUAGUGGAAGUCGGUACACGUUCGACGGACGAAUGAAAAAGCGGGCGGUAUUAAUGACUUUUAAUUUUAAUUACAAUAUGCUGUGUGUUGUGUUUUUUGUCCUUUAUCUGCUACAAACAUCGACAUCUAGCCUGAACUAUUUUAGAUAGCAGUCCGCUCUCUAUACACGCUCCAUUUAUACUCGCUUCUUCUCUCCAGUCGUUCUCUCUCGUCGUUUGAAUUAUAAAAAAAUAUCAAAUCACGAACAGAAUGGAGACAAACGGUCACCACCUACUGCACACUCCUUUUAUUUAAUCUUGCUCUGUCUGUCCAUAUAUUUCUCUCCAGUUAUGCUUGCUCGUUUUCUUCGUUCGUUCGUUCGUUCGUUUCGCUCCUCACAAUCAUUUCAUUUCAUUUCAUUCUCUUGAAUCCUAUAUCGUGUCGUUUCCUUUCUUCCAUUUUAAUCGCGUCACAACUAAUUAUAAAGUAACGCUAUCCAUUAUUUAUCGAUAGAACAUUAAGGCAUUACAUAUUUAUAAAUUUUCUUCGCGUUCACUCGCCGCUAUACAGCAAAUACACCACGCUAAACUCGUAAACUUAUGCUUAAAUAGACGUGAGAUCGCUCGUUGCAAAUAGUCCAGGCUUAUUAUUAUUAUUUUUUUUUUUUUCAUUUUUUUAUCUCGGAGAAACAAAAUACACAAGAGGAAAAGAAGAACGUCGCGUGAGACACGCUCGCGAAGACGGAUCUCCCGGAAAUGGUCUCUCGUUAACAUCAGUUUCUUUCAUCCCCUGUCGACUGACGCGACAAUUAUCGCGUGUUAUCUAAAAUUUCAGCUAAAAUUCGCAAGUUCGUUUGUUUAAAAAAAAAAA